GCAUUCAGUGGACCACGCGUGUGUAUAAAACGACGCGUGCGCACCCCUUGGCAUUCACAGUAGGUCACAGCUCCACUGGAGGUACCCACACAACAUGAAGACCAUAAUCUUGGCUGCUAUCCUGGCGGUGUGCAGAGGAGCGGCCGGCGGAGUCCUACCCGUUGCCUCUCCUUAUGCAUACGCAAGGCCCUAUGGUUUGCCGGUGGCGGCGUCACUGACAGUCGCUAGGCCUGCGAUCGCUGUUGCCAGGCCAGCCAUUGCAGCACCUUACGCCGUAGCACCGUCUUAUGCCAAAGUGGCCGCACCCGUAGAUGAUUACGACCCUAAUCCACAGUAUUCUUACGCUUAUGACAUUCAGGAUGCUAUAACUGGUGACUCUAAGAGUCAACAGGAGUCGCGUUCUGGUGACGUGGUACAAGGUUCUUAUUCUUUGGUCGAGCCCGACGGCACUCGUCGUGUGGUGGAGUACACCGCCGACCCACACAAUGGCUUCAAUGCUGUCGUUCACAAGGAACCCCUCGGAGGUGUCGUGAAGGCUGUGGCACCUGUGGCAGCUGCACCUGCCUUCCUACACUAGUCUCAACAAUUAUGUUUAGAUUGAUUUAGAAAACGGCUGAUUCAAAGACGCGGAGUAUCUUGCCAGUGUCAUUAGAUUAGAGUAAUCAGUGGUUUUGCACCAUCAACGACAGACCUAAAUCCUUCUAAACAAUUUUGUCUUCUCAACGUGACCUGAAUCAUAUUUAAUAGUUUAUUGUUAUGUGUUAGUUAUAACUAAGU